UUAAAAUAUGCAUAAUAAUAAUAAUUUAAAAACCGAAUUUGGGGGUGAAAUUGGAGAACGAUAUAAAAUUAUAAGAAAUUGUCGAUACGGAAAUAACCUUAACGUUUAUAAAGCCCAUAAAGUGGUUAAUAAUAAAUCAAGGAUUCCUUAUGUAGUAAAGUGUUAUGAUACAAUAGAAGCAUUCAAAAUAGAGUCACAGAUGUUAAAAAUGUUAAAGGAUGUAAAGAAUAUUAUGCAGAUGAUAGACAUUUACCCACAACAAUCAAUUAUCAUUUGCGAAUGUGCUUUAUAUGACUUAGAAACAUUUUUAGGUCACCAGGAUUAUGGUCAGCGACAUAAAGAGAAAGAUGAAAUAGUAAAGGAUAUUGUUUCGGGUCUCUCGGAACUUCAAAAGCAUAACAUAGUACAUACUGAAUUAUCACCGAAAAAUAUAAUGUACUUUAAAAAUAAAGAUGAUUGUGACGAAAGAUGGAAGCUAAUU